CAACAUUUUCAUCAAGAUUUCAUUGAAAUAUUAUAAACAGUUUUUCAUUGUGACCAAUGGCUAUUGUUUCGAAAGAAUACGACGUAGAAAAAAUUCUACGUCGUAAAAUUGGUCACAGAAUGGACAAAAAUGGGAUUUAUUAUUUCAUCAAAUGGUUACAUUAUGAUGAAUCGUACAACACAUGGGAGCCGGAAUGCAAUUUGAAUUGUGAUGACCUGGUAGAGGAGUUUAUUGAUGGAAAUGUCAUCCAAAUUGAUAGUGCCAAGCGUACGCCGUAUGGCAUCGAUUACUGGAUCAAGUACAAAGAUGGUUUUCCGAACAAAACAUACUCUUCGAUUGAAGUUCAUCGCAAAUGGCCAGCUUUGGUAAUCGAUUUCUUGGAAAACCACAUGUCAAUUGAAAAACAAGUGCGAUUCAACCACACUUUACAAUUCGACGACGAAGAAACUCAACCAAUCAUCGAGGGAACAAAUUUGGUUGGGAAUCCAAUUCGGAUCUCAUAUGUGUCAAUGGUCACUCGCGAAAUUAUGUACUGGAUGGAAUGGGUAAACGGUAAAAAGUUUGUUACAUCGUUGGAAGCAAGAACAAAUUGGCCAGAUCUCGUGUUGACCUAUUUGGAGGCAAAUUUGCGGACCUAA